AUGUCUCUUGGCAUCAGCCAAGAGGCAGCAUCCAAUUAUUCCCAGGCACGGCCUGCAGCAGCCAGCUCUGCCCCCGCUGCCGGCACUUCGUGCAGCAGCGCAGCCCAGCAGCCCGAGACGAGAGAGGAGCAGGGCCUGAAGACACUGAGGAGCAUCGUGAGUCUGGGCCAGCCAGUGAGCAAAUACACGGCAUUUGAAGAACUUGGGCGAGGGGGUUUUGGCGCUGUUUAUAAGGCCCUUGACACCAGCACAGGACAACAGGUGGCCAUCAAGAUCAUGUCACUCCAAGAGGAGAUGUCCGAGGAGCUGGCUGUCAAUGAAAUCCUGGUCCUGAGGGACAACAGGAAUCCCAAUAUUGUCACCUACUUGGACAGCUACCUGGUGGGUGCGGAGCUCUGGCUGGCCAUGGAGUUCAUGGACGGCGGCACGUUGUUUGAUGUGCUCAGGGCAGUGUACCUGGAGGAAGGACAGAUAGGCGCUGUCUGUCGGGAGUGCCUGCGAGGACUGCAUUUCCUUCACUGCCGCCAAGUCAUCCACAGAGACAUCAAGAGCGGCAACGUUCUCCUGGGCAUGGACGGAGCCGUCAAAUUGGCUGACUUUGGCCUCUGCGCUCAGCUCAGCCCUGAGCGCAGCAAGCGCAGCUCCAGCGUCGGCACUCCCAGCUGGAUGGCACCGGAGGUGGUGCGAGGAGAAGCCUACGGCCCCAAAGUGGACAUCUGGUCCCUGGGGAUCAUGGGGCUGGAAAUGGUGGAAGGGGAAGCUCCUUACCAGAGGGAAGCCCGUCUCAGGGUUUUUGAACUGAUAGAAAGGAACGGGCCCCCAAAACUGCAGAACCCCAGGCAGCACUCGGCUCUCCUGCGCGACUUCCUCCGCUGCUGCCUGCAGGCAGACCAGGACAGGCGCUGGAGUGCCCAGGAGCUCCUGCAGCACCCGUUUGUGACCUCAGGCGAGCCUGCCUCCAGCCUGGCUGCUCUGAUCACCUCAGCCAAGCAAGCGCAGGAUUGACUGGAGAGGAGACGCCCGCGCCUGAGGAGACCCUUGUGCCCCGCCAGCUCAGAGGAGGGAAAAGGGGAUGUAUCGCGUUUAGGCAGAGAUUCCGCCAUCCCCUGAGUCUUAAGAGGAGCUGUGCUGUAGAUAGGAAAUUUAGUGGUUGUGUAAUUUUGUUAGUUUAGGUCUAUUCAAUUUAAAUCUCUCUUGGUUUUAUUUUCAUUUUCUCCAAAGAUUAAAUUCCAGAAAUGUAGGCAGUGUAGGGGGUGACUUUUAAGGACCAUAGAACCUAGAUAGCUUAGAUAAUAGAGGAUUGUUUAGCUUAGAAGAGAGAAUUGUUAAUUUAAGGAAGCUCUGGGGUAUCUUUGAAAUAGAAAUGAAUGAGCUGUGGUAAUAAUAAUAAUAAUAGUAAUAAUAAUAAUAAUAGUAAUAGUAAUAGUAAUAAUAAUAAUAAUAAUAAUAAUAAUAAUAAUAAUAAUAAUAAUAAUAGUAGUAGUUAAGCUGUGAGAGGAAAAGCUGUGAUGCUGGAGAAGUGCAACCUGCAGGUGCUAGGAGCUUUUGGCCUGAACAGGCCACCUGCAGGACAGAAUGAUGAAGAGGUAGAAGUAGUGAGGGAAUACUUUAUUUCAGCUGGAGUGACAAUAAAACUCUAAACUAUCCAGAGUGUUGUGAGACUCCCUUCCUUGCCAUGCUGUAGCUAAGCUGGACAGUCCCUUUCAGAGGCCCAAAGAACAUGCGGAGCUGAGCAGCUUUGCUGGCCUUAACUGGGCAAAGCAAGUGCAGGAGGACUGCAGAGGAGACGCCUGUGCCUGAGGAGGCCCUUGUGCCCCGCCAGCUCAGAGGAAGGAAAAUGGAAAGUAUUGGGUUUAGGCAGAGAUUCAGCCACGCCCUGAGUUUUAUGAGGAGCUGUGCCAUAGAUAGGAAAUUGAAUGCUUGCAGGUUUUCUUGGCUAAGCUGUAUUUAGUCAGGCCUAUAGAGCACAGAAAGCUUCAUUCACGAAGCAUUUCUUCGACAAGCGUCGAGUAUUGUUGAUGUAGGCAAGCUCAGAAUUCUCCUUUAAGGAGAAAUGAAUGAAUGGUCCUAAGAAGAAUUAAGCGACCAGAGAAGGAGCUGGGAUUCAGCAGAUCUGGCCCAGGCACGUGCUACGAGCUACCAGGCUCAGAACUGAAGGACACCUGGAGGACAGAAUGACGCCGAUGAAGAUGCUGAAGUAACCAGAAGACGCUCUGUUCCAGCCCUGGGUUUCAGCAGGACUGGCACUACAGCCCCUAAACCCU